CCGCCCUCUUUCCCGGAGGACCCCCUUUUGCUCCUUCCUCCUCACGUAGCUAGUAGCGAGUAGUCUUUUCUCCACCGAAAACCCCCACAAAGCCCUACGCUCCUCGCGUGCGAGGCGAUGCCUCCGCCGACGAACGGCGCCAUGAUGCUCACCUCCUUCCCGCCGCCCAUGGGGGGCAUGUCGUCCGACGCGCUGCUUUUCCCCUCCGACGGCUUCUCCUUCUCCGCCGACGACUUCUUCGCCCCGCCUCCACUCGCCGCCGACCCGACCCGUCUUCCCCUGGCGCCGUCCGCCUGCCUCGGCCAUGGCUACGGCAGCGGCAGCAACAGCUCUACCCCAGAUGCGAUCACCAUCGCGGCGCCGACCUCCCCCCGGGUGACAACGGCGAUCCUCGCGCCCGUCGGCGGAAGCUCCUCCGCGCCGGCGCGGGCGCCGGCGAUGCCGCUGGUGCCGAGCAUCAUGACCCAGCGGACGUCGUGCUACCGCGGGGUGACAAGGCACAGGUGGACCGGGCGGUACGAGGCGCACCUGUGGGACAACACGUGCCGGAGAGAAGGCCAGAAGCGCAAGGGACGCCAAGUUUACUUGGGUGGCUAUGAAAAGGAAGAUCAGGCAGCUAGGGCAUAUGAUCUUGCCGCUCUGAAAUAUUGGGGUGCUAAUGCUACCACUAACUUCCCUAAAGAAAGCUACAUCAGAGAGAUCAAGGAGAUGCAAAGCAUGAGCAGGCAUGAUCUUGUAGCUUCACUGAGGAGGAAGAGCAGUGGCUUUUCUAGAGGGGCAUCUAUGUACAGAGGUGUCACAAGGCACCACCACCAUGGACGCUGGCAGGCGCGAAUUGGUCGUGUUGCAGGCAACAAGGACUUGUAUCUGGGGACUUUUGCAACCCAAGAAGAAGCGGCGGAGGCGUACGACAUUGCAGCGCUGAAGUUCAGGGGCGAGAACGCCGUGACCAACUUCGAGUCCAGCCGGUACAACCUUGAGGCGAUCGCCCGCAUGGACCUUCCGAUCAAUGUACCCAGAACGCGGCUGGAGAGCCACAAGCCAGCAGCACCAGAAGCACAAGGCCAGAUCGCUCCCGUCUCCGCUCCUCCGUUCUCGCAGCAGCCGAGCAACAACUUGCAGUCUCAUCUCUUCCACAGCCUCCUGCCGCUCCCUCCAUGUGAGCCGCUACAAGCUCUUCCAGUGCCAGCGGGCUACAGCUUUGGAGAGCCCAGCUGGCCCUUCGGCGACGUGGAGCAGAAGGUGCAGCUCGACAGCAAGAUGGAAGUGGCCGGUGGUCUCCUUCAACUGGCUAACUAUGCCGCAAACUAACCGCAUAUACAUAGCCUGUGGAUCCUGAAUAGCCUGUGUCUUUAGAUAUGCCAUGCGAGGAAGUGCAGUGAUGUUUUGGUUGGGUAACUCCGUAACUGGGAUGUGAUCUUUUGCUGUUGCUAGUGUGGAAUUAACUAGCUGAACAUAGGGUAUAGCCUUGCCGUUUGGUUCUGUGCUCUUUAUAUAUGUGUAAGGUAAAGACUAAGACAGCUGGUGAACUUGACUAGAUGCUGCUUCUGAUAAGCGAUAGCGUGAUAGGGAUAGGCCGAAGGGCAGUAGUGGCUGGAAGUGUUGGCUGCUGCAUGUGUGAAGCGGGUCCUUCCAACGACAAUGAAAUGAAA